AUGUCCACCUCGACGUUGCAAUCGGAGCAAAGUAUGGAAAUCAUUACCCCACCUGCAGAUAUCGGAACUAGAACUCUGGUUGACAAAGCUGCCCAAUUCGUCUCCAAAAAAGGGUUAGAAUUUGAGACUAAGAUCAUUGACUCUUAUCCUACUGAUGCAAAAUUCAACUUCUUGAGGAGCACGGCAGAUCCUUGUCACACAUAUUACAAGCACAAGCUUGCUGAAUACUCUUCUCAGAAUCAAGACGGAGCUACUGAUGAAUCAGACAUCAAAAUCUUUCACGCACCUCCAAAUGUCACAACUACAGCUAUUGUUGAGACAACAUCAUGUUUGGUUUCUCAAUUCGGGUCGGAGUUUGAGAUGAUGGUUAAGGACUCUAAUACAGAUGAUGCAAGAUUUAACUUCCUGAAAAGCUCUGAAGAUCCUUAUAACGUAUUGUACAAGCAAAAGCUUGAUGAGUACUCAUUAGAUCCUCGCGACGCAUAUUACCAGCACAAGCUUGCUGAAUCCAUUUCUAAGUAUCACCGUGAAGCUACACCAAAAUUGGUCCUGCCUAAUCUUUUACAGUUUAGACUUGUUAAAGAGAUGACAUUCGAGGAACUUGACACCGUUAAGGUCACAGCGCAGUUUGUGGCAUGGUAUGGGGAUGAUUUUAGAGGGUUUCUGAUGGAAAGAGUGAUGACGGAACCUCAGUUUGAGUUUAUGAAGGCAACUGAUUACAGGUUCUCUUUUUACAACGAGUUUGUUGUUGCGUAUUCGCAAGUAUUAAAUCCACCCAAAUAUUUGAAAGAUAAGCUGAGGGGUCGUGCUGCUUAUACAGUAAUAGGUCACUUGCUCAUUACAAUGUCAGAGGAGGAGAUAUCCUAA